CUCGCCUGGCUUCUCAGCGGCUCCACAGCGUGUCCAACACUCACAGAUCCACAGGCAUGCUUGGCCUGGGACGGGGCCAUCACAAAGACAUGGACUUUAGUCAUAGGAGGCUUUAAAAACAGCUGGAUUGGACACUCAAGUCACUUAAGCCAACCUUGGAGUAUUGAAAGAAGGGAAGUUGUAUUGUUCCCUGAUGGCGGUCCCAGAUGACAGCGCUUUGUUGAACUCCACCUUCUCGCCUUACAACGUAACCGCAAUGGUGAACUCUUCCUCCUGCACUGACUGGCCUCCAGUGCCCAUGACUGAAAUCAUCCCUUCCAUCUACAGCGUUAUUUGUGUAUUGGGCAUCAUCGCCAACACCCUCGCCGUGUGCGUGUUGGCCCACGCCAGCGCCUCAAGGAGAACCGUGGCCAACACGUUCAUGCUGAAUCUGUGCGUGUCCGACCUUUUGUUCCUGCUGUCGCUUCCCCUGUGGGCCGUCUACUACUCACAAGGCUACAACUGGCCCUUCGGACGCACUGCGUGCAAGAUCUCCGGAGCCCUCCAUAACCUCAACCUGUACGCGUCCAUCUUCUUCAUCACGUGCAUGAGCAUGGACCGCUACUUAGCUUUGGUGCACCCGCUCCGCUCUCAGAGCGCACGGGACCCCAGACGUGCCAAGCUCAUGUGCAUCCUGGUGUGGGUCCUGGCGUGUGCUUGCUCUGCGCCCGCCGUGGCUCUGAGGGACGUUCACUACAUUGAGGUGUGGGACGUGGAGGUGUGUGGGAUUAGCUUCCCGGAUCACACUUGGUAUCGGAGCAUGGUUUGGAUGAAAGUUCUCCUGGGCUUUCUGCUACCAAUGAUCAUCAUCUCUUGCUGCUACUGUGCAAUCGGUAGACAUCUGUUGUCUGGUUCCGGCCUGAUAAGAGUGCAGAAAGGAUCACACUAUGGCAGUACUUUUAAGUCAUCAGGGUCACAGGACAGCUGCAGUAAACCAGAGAGACCCCCGACCCCAUGUGUGAACACCAGUCCGAGGGGAGGCCGGCCCGUGGAGGGAAGAGGGCUGGAGAGAGUCUUAUGGACUGUGGCUGCUGUGGUCUUGGCUUUCUUCUUGUGCUGGUUCCCUUUCCACUGUGUGACCUUCAUAGACAUACUAAUGAAGGAAAACUUGUUGGACAGUUGCUGGGCGGACUGGACCAUCCAGAACCUGACUCCUCUAACCCUCUGCUUGGGCUUCUCCAACUCCACCAUCAACCCGGUGCUCUACUGCUUCAUCGGGAACCAUUUCCGAGGCCGCCUGGGGGCGCUCAGUAAAGAUCUGUGUGUGCGUUUGAAGACUCGUGAGGAGGAUCACAGUCAGAAGAGGGGCUCUUUCAGCACCAGGCUCAGUUCUUUCUCACGAAAACUCAGUGACCUGAAAGAACUGGCUAUCGUCGAAGCCUCUGGUCAUGCUUAGGCGACUGCCAGGGUCAGUGGACAGAAGAAUUCAAAAACACUGAGUAAUGAUACAGAAAAGACUCAAUUUGUCGGUAGCUCUGCCAGACCUAACAAGAAACAGAUUCAGAGCCUCCAAGGCAAAGUGGAAGUGAAGAGGUUCUUAAGGAUGACCCAGGUUUCAGGACGGAUGCUUUUUCAACACCUUCAAGUACGUCCUCUGCGGUCCAUAUAUAUGUUUUAAAGAUGUGCCAAUGAAAGGGUCACAUGGCCUCGACAGAGCAAGAAGACGGUACAAGGCCACAAAAAGAAACCCUUGAACGUACCACAGUAUGACUUCUUUGCAGUCACUUGCACAAACUAAAAAAGCUGCUGAAUCGGUGCUCUUGUGCUCUUGUAGUAACUAAAUCACCAUCAGUGGAAUAUUAUCAUAUUGUUUUCCAGUACAUACGAGUGACUUUAUGUGCCAAAGAUGUCAAUAAAACAGUCAGGUUCGAGUAGGUCAGCCACGAUUUCUCAUGAUUUGGCUUCACAUUACAACCACUUGCACAAUCUCAUGACAUCCGGUAUGAUAACAAAAAAAAAACCAAGCGCACAAGAAAAAAGUAAUGCUAAGAUACAAAUACUAUAUCACUUGCAGCAUUUUACCACUGCAGUCUAAUGAGAUGAAAAAUUUACCCAUGCUUAGUUUUGAUUGACACUGCGAGAGGAAUUCAUUUAUGUUAUAUUAGUGUGCUUUUCAGUGCAUCACCCUGAGCUGUUUCUAAUAUUAUAACUCUUUUCUUAUCCACAUUAUUUGUUAUUACCGCUGCAGUUAUCUUUAAAAGCGAGGUUGUUUGAUGCAUACAUAAUAAUGGUUUAUAUCACCGGUGUCAAACUCAAGGCCCGGGGGCCAGAUCUGGCCUGCCACAUCAUUUUUUUUGGCCCACAAAAGCCUGGGAAUAAAAUGUGUUAAUAAAGUACUUUAUCUUUUCUUACUUAAUGCAUUUGAUCUUUCCAUUAUGUAAUAUAAAAAUAUGUGUACUGCAUGCAUUUGCAUAUCUUUCAAACUUUAAUAUUAUCUAAUAAUGCAACAACAUAUAUUUUCAUUUAUUCCUAAACUGUGUUUGUCAAAAUAAGAAUUAAUACUGAAAUAAGUGCUUAACUUAUGAUUUCAGAGCAUGUUAACUAUUAAAUUGUACACUGUAAAUAUGACAAUAAACUUUACAGUAAAUUACUGGUGACUGAGCUAUCUGCCAGUUUUUUUUUUUACAGUAAAAUCUGAAUAUUUUUUACAGUGUACGUAUAAAAUAUAUAAUAACCAAAUGUAUAGGUAACCAUAUAAUUGUAUUAUAUAUAUACAUUGUAGUAUUCAAUGUUACAGGUGGUCCUCUGAGGGCAGCUAUAACCAUACUUGCCAACCCUCCUUUCCGGGAGACUCCCGAAAUUCAGCGCCUCUCUCGAAAACCUCCCGGGACA